UCAUUCCCUAGUCUUUGAGAGCUCAGGCCCUGGGCCAAGGGGAUUCAAUAUGGUGGGUAUAAAUUUCUCAGUAAGAAUGCUAUCCAAAGCAAGCAGUGCAUGUGUGCCUUAACCAGCCUUGAUACAGAUGUCCUCGUGUGUCCACUGCGGCCCGUGGAGCGCUUCCGAGACCUGCGUCCUGACGAGGUGGCCGAUUUGUUUCAGGCAACCCAGAGAGUCGGGACAGUGGUGGAGCAGCAUUUCCAUGGUACCUCCCUCACCUUUUCCAUGCAGGAUGGCCCCGAAGCUGGACAGACUGUGAAGCAUGUUCACGUCCACGUUCUUCCCAGGAAGGUUGGAGACUUUAGCAGGAACGACAGCAUCUAUGAUGAGCUCCACAAACAUGACAAAGAAGAGGACUCCCCGGCCUCUUGGAGAUCAGAGGAGGAAAUGGCGGCAGAAGCUGCAGCGCUGCGUGUCUACUUCCAGUGACUCAGGCACGAAAGUAACUGGAACAAAUCCCAAGGCAUAAGGAAGUGGGCCUCGCUCUCUAGGACUCCAUGGCAUCGGAAGUGAAGCGAAGCAGCCUGUAUUAAAUCCUCUGAUUCUGCAACCUUUCUCGAACCGUUUUAUUACACUUGUGGAAGCCAUCGGGGUCACGUUUCAAUCACAGUGACUGACAGGCGAGCUUCACAACAGUGGCAUCGGCAGCCUUUUCAAACUUCCUUGGCUGUAUACUUGGAAUAGAGCCUUUCCUAAAUUGUCCCUUCGCCUCAUUGGAAAUAAAAUUGUAGUUAAAAUA